AUGUUUACAAUAUUCCUAAGAAUACAAAAAAGGCAAAACAAACACUCAUUAAUCUAGAAUAAGUUUUGUGAUGCAAUUGUUCUUCUAAUGGAUUUUUAUAUUACUAAUUUGGCUAAUGUUAGUCUUGUUCUUAAUUCAUUUGUUAUUUUAUUUAAUCAAUUAAUAAGUCUUAAUAUAAUUUAUUAUUAUAUGCAAAGUCCUAUGAAAACAUAACAAAAAAGCAUAAAAUAAAUUAUUUAUGAUUUAAUGCUGAAAGAGAUGUAAAAGGAUAGUCAAAAGAAAUUAAAUAUUGUUGUAAUUCCCAUGAGAUAUGGUCAAUAAUGGGGAUGUAGAAAUUUGAAGAAAAUAACUCCAUCAAGUAAAUAAAAGAGUGAACACUUUCUAAAAUUUUCUCCUAUCAAUUGUACUAAAAUUUCUCCAGAUAACUUUAAAGAAAAAGAAAGGAAAAAGUAUGAAAAAUUAAUUAGUUUGGCAAACCAAAAAUCAAAAUAAAUAAGUAGAGAAGAUUUAUAGGUAACAUAAUCCAGACAAAAAUCAUAUUCUAUGAAUAACACAAAAGUAAUUAACUAAAAAUUACCUUCUCUUCCAAAAAGAAUAUAAAGUAGAGCAGCAAAAGCAGCUAGUCUCUAAUUAUAUAAUUUAGAUUCAUUAGAAGGUUACAAUUUAUAGGUUGAAGAUAUGUCUCUCGAAAUUGAUGAAUAUGUGAAACUAAAAUCUGUUAACUCUAUAAGAGUACCAGAUUACUGCUGA